UCUUCUCUCAUACAGUGUGCUUCACUGUGUACUGUGGCCCCUAUUCGUUUAGUGUUGUAGCAGCGCGCGUACUAUAGAUCUUUUGUUGUUGAAAUAUUCAAUUGGCAAGAAGAAGUGUACAUUCUUCGUUUUUGCAUGCAGUACCUAGUAUCGAAAUCAAAAUUAAAAACAUUUGGUUCAGUGGAGAAUACCAAAGUGCAGUUUAUUUGUAGUUCGAAGAGAGAAAAAAAUCGAACAGUUAAUGGCAUGAUCGAAACCAUUUUAUUGAUUCAGUGAUAUAUUAUACGAAAAAGAAGAAGAAGAAGAAGAAGAAGAAGAAGAAAUAGUGUGAGAAAAAGAUAAAUAAACAAAGGAAUAUAUUAUUAUAUUAGUACAGUGUUUGUGAACUCGAUAAAACAAGGAAUAAAAUCCCGAGGAAAUCCUGGAACCGAGGAUUUCAUCUAUUGAUAUUUGGAUUAAGCGGGAGUACAGUACAACACAAACACAUUAACAAAAUGUCAGAGCACCAUCGAGGUGCAUGGGGCACUCGUGAAGAGGCUGUUUGGUGGCCGGGUGCACAAGAUCAACAAAAUAUGCAUCAACAACAAUUGAUAAAUCAGCAUCAUCAACAGCAACAGCAACAUCAGCAAUUGGUGCAACAACAAGUGCAGAUUCAACAACAUCAUGUCGUACAACAGACACCGCAAGGCCAACAACACAAUGAUAUUGCGCGCAGUAUCAAUUCAAAUGCACCAGGCCAACAGAUUUUCUCGUACAAAAUGGCUAGCAGUUUUCAAAAUCCAGCUGGUGGAGUUACGGUGGCCACAACAAAUGCCGGUGCCUAUGAUUAUCGCUUGAAUAUGGCACCAGCCGCUGCAAAUACUGGUGCAGCCGCUCCGGGCACACAAUGGUGGUACACAACUGGUCAAAAUGUUGAACAGAUCCAACAACAUAACCAAGCGCAUCAACAAACAAAUCAACAACAUCCACAGACGAACCAGCAUCAGCAAGCGAAUCAACAUAUACAAGAUCAACAUCAGAUCCAACAAAAUCAUCAACAAAAUAAUCAAAACAAUCAGCAUCUGCAGCCGAUUCAGACACCUACACCGGCCAAACGUGGCAAACAUGCCGAUGGUAAACCAAGAGGUCGUAUGACAGCCUAUGCAUUCUUUGUGCAGACCUGUCGUGAAGAACAUAAGAAAAAGCAUCCGGAAGAACAAGUUGUUUUUGCCGAAUUCUCAAGGAAAUGCGCUGAAAGAUGGAAGACAAUGUUGGACAAAGAAAAGAAGCGAUUCCACGAGAUGGCCGAAAAAGAUAAGGCUCGUUACGAUUCAGAAAUGCAAAAUUAUGUGCCACCAAAAGGAGUUGUUUUGGGUCGCGGUAAAAAGCGAAAGCAGAUCAAAGAUCCAAAUGCUCCAAAAAGAUCGCUGUCCGCUUUCUUCUGGUUCUGUAACGAUGAACGCACAAAGGUUAAGGCCUUGAAUCCCGAAUAUGGUGUUGGUGACAUUGCCAAAGAAUUGGGAAAGAAAUGGUCAGAUGUUGAGCCGACCGUUAAAUCCAAAUACGAGGCUAUGGCUGAAAACGACAAGAAGCGAUAUGAGCGAGAAAUGCAAGAGUACAAGGCAAGAUGUAAGGGGCUCCCGGUUGGUCAACCAGUUGGCAUUCAGCAAGCAGUGCCGAAUCAGUUAAAGGAAGAAGAAGAUGAUGAAGAAGACGAUUAGAGAAAUCAUUGAAAACACACACAUACACACACACAGCUACAAAAACUUUAUGAAUACGACUUAGAUUUAAACUCUAUCUCUCUCACAUAAAACAAACACCCCCCACACACACUCGCAUUAAAAAAGAACAAUUUUUUUGAUGAAAAACAAAAAAAAAACAACGUUUUCGUAGAGAAAAUUCGUAUCAUUGAACAAACAAUAAACUAAAUUAAAUAAAAAAUAGGAAGAAAUAUGAAACACACACAAUUGAAAUACAAUACAUCGUUUAAGAGAUUUAAACACAAACACAGCAUUGGCAGAGAAGUUAAAAAAAAAAACAACAUUAUAAAGUUUAACUAAGGAAUGAAGAGAAAACACAAAAAGUUUGAAAAGAAAAAAAUCAACAACAAAAAAAUUUCAUAAAAAAUAAAAACACAAAAAGUUCUAUAAAAAUAUUAUUAUGUUAGUGUAAAAAUUUAAUGAUUAUACUUCAGACAGAUUUUUUUUUAAAAAAAAGUUUGUGUUUUUAACGAUAAGCGGCGACGAAUUCACUCAUUGAAUCAAAAUAAGAUUUGAUUAUUAUUAUCUUUUCGAAAUACAAAUAUUUUACUGUACAAAAAGUAAAAAGGAAAUAUGAUGAUUGAAUGAUCGCAAUUGACAAAAUAAACUCGAAUCAAAGAAAAAGUCAAAAUUUGAUUUGCUUUGACACAGCCAUAUGCAAUCGGCACACCUUUUUUUCUUCGCCAUUUAAAUGACGUUGAAACGAAGAAGAAAAAGAAGAACAAAACUCAAAACUCAAACGAAUAUGUUGCAAUUGCGAUUGCAAAGCUGUGAAUUCGAGCUCGUUAAAACAUUUGUUUCUCUUUUUUUUAAAUGGCCGCGCCUUUGAUAAGAUCACUUUCAUCUUUUCUUACCUCCGACAUAAAAUACAUUUUUGCGCGUAUUUUGUUCGUAGAUCCUAAUUUAAAACAAAAAAACAAAAAAUAAAGUAAUAAUUAUUUGAUUGAAAAUAAACUUUUUUUCUGUAGAAAUAAAUACAAACAACAACAAAAAAAGUUUUAAGAUGUAUAAUUAAAAGUAUAAAAUAUACAUGAGACGAAUCAGAUAAAAAGAGAUGAAUAAGAUAAUUGAAAUAAAUAAAAUGAAGAUUAAAGAAAUAAAAAAUAGGAAUCAUAAGAAUGGAAUGAAAACGAUGAAGUGAGCAACUCUAAAGUAUAAUUGUUAAAUCAUUUAACUUUAAAACAAAAACAAAAAAAAAAUAAUGAAGAAUCGAUAAGAGAAUUGAACAUUGAAAUCACACAUACACACACCACGAAUAAGUAACAAACUAAAAAUAGAACGUGAAAA